AUGGUGCACUCAGGUCAGUAUGAUUCAGUGUGUGGCAUACAUCCCACUCAUCGGGAGAUGGUCUUCUACCACCACAAAUCCGUGUGUUGCGAUUACAUAAUUCUCUACAAGCAGGCUGAAGCGGCCCCUACGGCCGAAGCAGCAGCCCCAGCAGCGGCUCCAGCAGCCGAAGAAGCAGCACCUGCGGCCGAAGAAGCAGCACCUGCGGCCGAAGAAGCAGCACCUGCGGCCGAAGAAGCAGCACCUGCGGCCGAAGAAGCAGCACCUGCGGCCGAAGAAGCAGCACCUGCGGCCGAAGAAGCAGCGCCUGCGGCUGAGGCAGCAGAGUGA